GAAGAGACACGAAGGCGUCGUAAAUACAGGGUUUGAUAUUUACAACAAAGUGGCGUUCGUGUCCUUUAAUUGUACUAGCUAGCUAUUAAUGAGAACUUCAUAUAAAUGCAGGCGGACUGAAAGAACAUCCAAGAUGGAGUCCAAAUCCCGUAGGUUGUCGUCAUCACUAUCCCCAGAUUCAUCGUACUCCUCUUCCUCCUCCGUGGGUUCCAGUCGACUCUAUGGCAGGAGUGGAGUGCUGGCCAGUGAGCGGUACACACGGGUGUCCUCCUUUAAACUGGACACAGAACUCCCGAGUUCCAGGUUUCCCAGCACGUCCAGGGACUACAGCAUCCCGGAGAGCCGCCACUCAACCCGGAAACCCCCCGUCUUCCCCGUGCCGCGUGACCACUCCUGGACCGGCCCGUCUGUAGGAAGCAGGAUAAAGUUGCCAGACGCCGAGGCGAACCACACGCCUAAGCAGGAUUGCAUGCUGCAGUUUAAUUCUCAGGGGGAUUCUGAAAGGCGCAUGGGGACGUAUUCAGGACUUUGCAGUACAACGCAAGACGGAGAUUCCAAAAGGCCCAAGCUGUCCUACACCAGCAGAGCGCUGCUGUCUGGAACCUCCUCGUCACCUUUAACGGGCAGCUCCAGCUCCCGUGUCAGCAGUGUCUCAGAUUGUUCAUGGAAGUCCUACAGCCUCCUGCCCAGAUCUCACAGGGACAUGGAGGACAGGAGUGAGUCGGCUCUUUCUGGGCACAGAAGCUCCGGCCUGUCCUCUCUGUACCGGCCGGACCGCCUGACCUCGUCCUACGCCCAGGGCGCCCGGCCGAAAGACAGCCUGUACUCCUCCAGCCGCCUGAACGCCUCGCUCAGCCCCCGGCCCUCCUCAGACUACCGCGCCUCUCUGCUGUCCCGCGACUCCUGCAGGAGCGCCCCUCCCAGAGCGCAGGAGCCUCUCGCCAGCUCCCUGAGCCCCGAGCCCCGGGCGGGGUCCUCCCGCUCCUGGUACACGCCCCCGUCGGAGAGGAGCUCCGGCUCCCCCGCGCCUCCCCCCGCCCACGGGCCGGCCUCGGACGGCGAGCCGGACGGCCGGCGCACCACCCGGCAGCUGCUGUCCCGCCUGGCCAACAGCAUGUCCUCCAGCCUGUUCUCCCGGAGGUCCAGCCAGGACUCCAGCGGCUCGGCCUCCAGCCCGCCGUCCCGGUCCUUCGAGUCGUCGGACGACCCCUCCUCGCCGCGGCGGGAGGAGGGCUCCUCUCAGGGCUCCUCUCAGAGCAGCGGCAGCAGCAGGAACAGCAGCCCCGACGCCUCGGACGGGUUCACCUUCCUGCGCCGGCGCCGGCAGGGCCUGUCCCCCGUGCCGGAGACGCGCGGGGAUCCCGUGCGGGCCCCUGGAGCCUGGCUCUCCUCCUCCCUGAGGAGCCGCUGCCCUCCCCUCUUCUCCCGCCGCCGGAGGGAGGGCCGGGACGAGGCGGCCCGCGUGGCCGCCGUCGCUGAGGACGCCCGCCGCGGCCCCCAGCUCCCGCACGCGGGCAGAGGGGCCCCGGGACCCGACGCCGCCGACGGGGACCUGGACGAAGACGAGGACGAAGACGAGGAGGAAGAGGAGGAGGAUGAAGCCGAAGGGGCCGGAGCUACGGGUGUGGCGGGUGCCGCAGCCUCUGGAGUCUCUGCCCUGGACUCCUUUCGGGCGGCGAGGAGACUGGCUGGAGUCUCCCCGGACUCCUUCUUCCACAUCGCCGUGCCCCCGUCCCUGGAAGACUCCCUGCCCGAGAACGUGAUGAUCACCAUGGACAUCAUGGCCGCUGGGAGAGGGGCUGACAAGCAGGAGAAGCAGACCUCCUCCAGGGACCCGGAGAAGCUCAGGAAGAUCCAGGAGAGCCUGCUGCUGGAGGAGUCUGACGAGGACGAGGCCGACCUGUGCAGGAUCUGCCAGAUGAGGGAGGAGAGCCCGUCCAACCCCCUGCUGGAGCCCUGCCGCUGCACGGGCAGCCUGCAGUACGUGCACCAGGACUGCAUGAAGAAGUGGCUCCGCUCCAAGAUCCGCUCCGGUUCUAACCUGGAUGCCGUUGCCACGUGCGAGCUGUGCAAGGAGAAACUGCACCUCAACAUCGACAACUUUGACAUCAACGAGCUGUACAGGACGUACGAAAGGUCGGAGUACGAGUUCAUCAGCUGCGGGCUGUACCUGGUGGUGCUCCUCCACCUGUGUGAGCGGAGAUUCUCCGACGUGCUGGGAGCUGCCACCGACGCAGGGUUUUUCAACCUGACAAGAACCCUUCAUCAUAUGGACGAUCUUGAAAGUUCCUAUGGGGAGUCUGAGGAAGAGGUGAGGCAGGACAACCGGCCCUCCAUCGAUUUCUGCGACUUGGAGGAUGAAGACGAGGAAGAGUAUUAAAAAUGGAGGGAAUCUCAUCGUUUCCCAUCAACACAUUGUCAGAGGCUGUGCCUUUUGAGAAUGAGUGUGGCUUGAGAGCAAAUGGAAACCAACUGCAGAUAUGUAUGUAUGGGAAAAAAAAAAAAAAAAAAAACUUGCCUUAAGGGUCGUUUUUACUUAUGUAUAGACUUCUCACAGGGAAUGUUUUUGCUUUCUGUUCUCAAUUUUGUCAAAUCAUUAUUUGAAUGCUCUUGCAUAUUUGUUCAAUGUGUUGGACUUUGAUACCAUAAGUGCUUUAAAAGAUUACCAGAUAAAAAAUGAAUUCUACCAGAGUAAAUUGGUGUGGUGCAGUUCCAAGUAGGCUGUGGAAACUUGCACACUGGCUUCAUUGUGACCUUUUGGCGAUGUGAACGGCACAGUGCAUAUUUAAUGUUUAUGUCUGCAUCGGAGAGCAAAAGGUUUUCUACGAGUACAUUGGAGCGGAUUCUAACGUCCCCCCCCAUUGGAAACAUGGACGGUUUUGCUUUGAAGAGGAUCAUAUGUGCAAUUGAGGUGAAUUAAAAUGACUGUCUUCACCAUCCAAGUUCUAUCUUCUCACCUGUGUUUGUUGCAUUCUAAACGUGUUGCUUGGUCAAAUUGUUUUUCUGUUCAAUUAUAAUAAAGAUUUUGAUGUACACUCUG